UACAGGAGGUGUGUGGGAAGUUUGUGGACUGAAUUGUGACAGUGGGUAGAGAUCUUGCAUAAGUAAAGAGCCUGCUUCUGAUGUGGUGCUGAGGAGUGGCACAACUCAGGGGUGGUGAGCUUCCACAGCCCCACAGCGUAUGAGCUGCACCUACCAGGGCUGGUCAAUGACUCUACGUAGUACGAGUCUGAGCAUCUUGAAGAGGUUGGAGGGAGGAAGGGGCAGUGUGUGGCAGGGGACAUUCAAAACCUUGAAGUGGCUUAAUGGCUUCCCUGCUCUGUUAUGCAGAAACCAUGAUCCUUCUGGGGUCUAUAGAGCGAUCUGAACUGCAGACUCUCCUCCAGAGACAUAUAAGCCCAGAACGGCGACGGCUCCUCCACAGAGAAAUGCAGCAGAAGCUGUCUGAGUCACCCUACGAUGGGCACAGCAAGGGGCCGUGGGCAACCCUGCCAAAGCUGAAGCACGAAUCUUUUGCUUAUGUUGACGAGGAUGAGGAUGCAGAUGAGAAGGGAGAGCUACCUCGGCCCCCAAGUCCCACUCCCAGUUACCCAGAGGAGCCCAAUGGCCCAACAAGUCCUCUUAAACAAAUACCUGAAACUUUGGAGCCACAGCAACUCCCAGGUAUGGUAACUUCUGGCAUGCCUCAGCCACAUCCUAGCCAGCUUGUGGAAGCUUCCAUGCUAACUGUGUGUACGUGCCUGUGCGAGGUGCUGGUUUCCCAGAGACUGAGAGAAGGACCUUUCUCUGCUGUUCCUGUAUUAAAGGUACUUUGUGAAUGCACCUCAACAUCAGUGUAACGUACCUGGAAAUGUCUUCUGUUUGUGAUCCCUCAGAGAGCAUGGCUAAAGUAGACCCACUCAGGCUGCUCUCCCUCUGCCAGUACUCCCCACACUCCAUCCUUUGCAAUAACAUCUCCUCGGACGUUUUCUGGAGAAUCUGCAUGGAAGGGUCUUGUCUCCUUCACCCCACGAGUUAUUUUCCCUGGGAAAAGCAGCCUGAGCACUAAACACCUGUACUUGUUUUUUGAGUAGCUUAGGCUGUUGCUCAGCCAUCUCCAAAACUGAACAGCUCCUCCCUUGGACACGCAUCUCUUUGAUUCAGCUACAUUAAUAUGAUGGAAAAAUACUGGUGUAUUGUGCUCUUUGUGUGCCACCCCAGCUUUGCUUCCAAGACUGUACUCAUAGCUCAUUUCUGAUUCGUAUGUCAUGUAUAUUUGAUGCAGGAUGGUGUUUUGUUGGGUUUUUUCUCCUGUAUGUGUCUUGAAAUAUGCAGAGAGUGAGUAAGCACAGAGGUGUAGCCCAGUCUUGAGAAUGAAUACGGAGGGCUCUGGCUCAUGCUUUUAGGCUCCCAACAGUUAGCACGUAAAAUAACAUAGCACAUUCUGGUUCUGUAACACCACUCAUGUAUGACUAAACCUCGAAGGCAUAGGAAAUUCCUCUUUAUGCUUCCAGGGCAGUACAGUGGUACUGU